AUGGAAACAGUUGUCUCUACGACUACUGAAAAUGCACUGCAAAUUGCAGGACGUGUAGUGAAACGACAGUUGGGCUACUUUUUUAAUUACAAUGACAAAUUUGAAGAGCUGAAAUCUUACAUUGAGAUGCUGGAUAAUACCCGCAAAAGGAUACAGCAUCAAGUUAAUAAUGCAGAUAUGAAUGCAGAGGACAUUGAAGAUGACGUUCAACAUUGCUUAAAACAGAUGGAUGAGAAGAUAAAAAAAUAUGAACUUUUCAUUCAUGAUGAACAUCAUUCAAAGACAAGAUGUUCCAUUGGUUUCUUUCCAAAUAACUUGCAGUUGAGGUAUCGAUUAGGCAGGAAUGCUACAAAGAUAGUAGAGGAAAUGAAAGCAGAAGAACUUUGGAAUAAAAGGUUCGAUGAAGUUUCCUAUCGAGUGCUUCCAGGCAUUGGUGCUGCUUUGGCAAACAGUGGCUAUGAAAGCUUUGCAUCAAGAACAAAAACUAUGGAUAUGCUUAUGCAAGCACUGGAAGACUCUACUGUUAAUAUGAUUGGCAUUUAUGGGGCCGGUGGUGUCGGCAAGACAACUUUAGUCAAAGAAGUUGCUACGAAAGCUCAAGAAAAGAAGUUGUUCAAUGUGGUGGUUAUGGCAAAUAUAACAAGAAAUCCUAACAUACAAAAAAUUCAAGGACAAAUUGCUGAGAUGUUAGGAAUGAGAUUGGAAGAGGAAAGUGAGAUCGUAAGAGCAGAUCGCAUUCGAAAGAGGUUAAAGAAAGAAAAGGAGAACACCCUUAUAAUUCUAGAUGAUCUAUGGGAUGGAUUGGACUUGAAUAGAUUGGGGAUUGCAUGCAGUGAUGAAGAUGAUGGAAGCCAACAUGAUGUCAAUGAUAUAUCUGAUUCUGGUUAUGAUAAGAUUGAAAAAGAAGAGUUAUCUUCCGAUCUCAAUAAGAUGAUAAAAGAAAAGAUAUCUCACGAUCACAAAAGCUGCAAAAUUCUUCUGACAUCGAGAAGAAAACAAGUAUUAUGUAAUCAAAUGGAUGUGCAGGAGAGAUCAACUUUCUCGGUUGGAGUUCUUGAUGAAAAUGAGGCUAAGACUUUGCUUAAGAAAGUGGCGGGAAUACACGAGCAAAAUUUUGAGUAUGAUGAGAAAGCCAUUGAAAUUGCAAGAGCGUGUGAUGGUUUGCCAAUAGCAUUAGUUUCCUUAGGAAGGGCACUAAAGAAUAAGAACUCCUUUGUAUGGGAGGAUGUCAAUCAACAAAUUAAAAAACAAAGUUUUACAGAAGGACAUGACACUGUCGAGUUCUCUAUAAAGCUGAGCUAUGAUCAUCUAAAAACUGAGCAGCUCAAGUGUAUUUUUUUACAUUGUGCAAGAAUGGGAAAUGAUGCUUUGAUUAUGGACUUGGUGAAGUUUUGUAUUGGUUUGGGUCUGCUACAAGGAGUCCACACAAUUAGAGAAGCCAGAAAUAAAGUAAAUAUGUUGAUAGAAGAGUUAAAAGAAUCAACUUUGGUGGAGGAUAGUUACUCAAGCGAUCGCUUCAAUAUGCAUGAUAUUGUGCGUGACGUUGCUCUUUCAAUAGCACCCAAAGAAAAGCAUAUACUUUUUAUGAAGAACGGCAUACUCGAUGAGUGGCCUCACAAAGAUGAACUUGAGAGGUACACUGCUGUUUUUUUGCACUAUUGUCAUAUCAAUGACGAUCUUCCUGGGAGUAUCUAUUGUCCUAGACUUGAAGUCUUCCAUAUUGACAGUAAAGAUCAUUUUUUGAAAAUACCAGAUGACUUUUUCAAAGACAUGAUUGAACUGAGAGUCUUGAUAUUGACUGGUGUUAAUCUGCCGUGCAUACCUUCUUCAAUUACAUGCUUGACAAAACUAAGAAUGCUUAGUUUGGAGAGGUGCACUCUGGGACAGAACUUAUCAAUCAUUGGAGAGUUAAAGAAAUUACGAAUUCUUACUCUUUCAGGAUCUGACAUUGAAAGUUUUCCCUUUGAAUUCGGGCAAUUAGAUAAACUGCAACUUCUUGACGUAAGCAAUUGCUCAAAACUAAGAGUAAUACCUUCCAAUGUCAUAUCAAGGUUGAACAUUUUGGAAGAAAUUUAUAUGAGAGACAGCUUGAUUCUCUGGGAGGCCGAGGGGAAUAUUCAAAGUCAAAACGCCAGUCUUUCUGAGUUGAGGCACUUGAAUCAGCUACGAAACCUAGACAUACACAUUCAGAGUGUUGCCCUUGUUCCGCCGAACUUGUUUUUUGAUAAGUUGGAUAGCUACAAAAUUGUCAUUGGAAAACUCAACAUACUCACAGAUGGAGAAUUCGAAAUCCCUGACAAGUAUGAAAUGGUGAAACUUUUGGUAUUGAACCUAAAAGAAGGUAUUGACAUUCAUUCUGAAAUAUGGGUUAAAAUGUUGUUCAAAAGUGUCGAAUAUUUGCUUCUGGGCAAACACAUCGAUGUUCAUGAUGUUUUCUAUGAAUUAAAUGUUGAUGGAUUUCCCAAUUUGAAACAUUUAUCCAUUGUAAGCAAUUUUGGCAUUCAAUAUAUUAUUAACUCAGUGGAACGGUUCCACCCGUUAUUGGCUUUUCCCAAAUUGGAGUCGUUGUAUCUUUACAAUCUGGACAAUUUGGAGAAAAUAUGUGACAAUCAACUUCUAGAUGCCUCUUUCUCCAGAUUAAAACUUAUCAAGAUUAAAGCGUGUGAUAAAUUGGAGAACCUUGUCCAAUCCUCCAUUGUCGGACUCCUCACCUUGCUUGAAACAAUUGAAGUGUGUGAUUGUGAUUCUUUAAAGGAAAUAGUUUCUGUUGAAAGAGAAACUCAUACUAACAGUUAUGACAAUAUUGAGUUUCCUCAGUUACGACGCUUAACAUUAAAAUCUUUACCAACAUUUACUUGUUUGUAUGCCAAUGAUAAGAUGUCUUGUAGUGCACAAUCAUUGGAAGACAAAGGGCUAAACAGCAACAAAGAUAUAAUCACUGAAGUUGAGCAAGAUGCCACCAAUUCAUGCCUUUCACUAUUCAAUGAAAAGGUUUCAAUUCCAAAAUUAGAAUGGUUGGAGUUAUCUUCGAUCCACAUCCAGAAGAUAUGGAGUGACCAAUCUCAUCAUUGUUUUCAAAAUUUGCUUACAUUAAAUGUGACAGAUUGCGGUAAUUUGAAAUAUUUGCUGUCAUUCUCCGUGGCUGGAAGUUUGGUGAAUCUCCAAAGCCUUUCCAUCAGCAAAUGUGAAAUGAUGAAGGAUAUAUUUCGUCCGGAAGAUGCUGAGCCGAAUAUUGAUGAUGUGUUUCAGAAGUUGAAGAAAAUGGAGAUCAUCUGCAUGGAGAAACUCACUACCAUUUGGCAACCCCAUUUCGGUCUAGGAUCCUUUCGCAGUUUAGACUCUUUGAUGAUAACAGAGUGCCACAAUCUUGUAACGAUUUUUCCUAGUUUUAUGGGGCAAAGACUUCAGAGUCUUCAAAACUUGACCAUUACUAAUUGCAAGUUAGUGGAAAACAUAUUUGACUUUGCAAAUAUUCCACAAACUUGCGAUAGAAAUGAAUCAAACUUGCAAAACAUACUUCUACGAGAGCUGCCAAAUUUAGUGAGCCUAUGGAAGGAUGGCAUCACCGAAAUACUUAAAUAUAAUAAUCUUGAAAUCAUAAGAGUUGUUGGAAGUCCUAACUUAAAAUAUCUCUUUCCACUUUCUGUUACCAGUGAUCUAGAAAAAAUGAAAGUCCUUAACUUAUGGAACUGCAGGGCAAUGAAAGAGAUUGUUGCUUGGGACAAAGGUUCAAGUGAAAAUUCUAUCACUUUUAAGUUUCCUCAUCUAAACACUGUAUCAUUACAAUCAUUAAAUCAACUUGUGAGUUUAUACCGAGGAACUCAUACAUUAGAGUGGCCAUCAUUGAAGAAAUUGUUGAUAGUAGAAUGUUGUAAGAUGGAAGGGUUCACUACAGAAAUCUCAAGCUCACAAGUGAAGCCAUUUGUUUUGGCUACAGGAAAGGUAGAUAACAAAAAGCAUUAA